CUUUGUUGUCGUCUCUUGAUGGAUUCGGACCGCUAGCAUGAUCAUCCGCCUUUGCACUUUCCUCUGCCACUUAUCGAUGACAUGGCUCGAGUCGAAGCUUGACCCUUCUCUGCGGCCUACUAUUAGCGAGGGCAUAACGUUCUUCGAAAAGCUUUGUAACUCGUUGAAUGAAAUCACGACUGCACGCAUCUGGACCUUAUGCUGCUGUUAUUUGCCAGCACUAUAUGCGAUUGUUCUACACCGUCACUCCGCGGGUCAUUCAGCCGAACCAGGAUAUAUGUAUGUUGAGGGCCUUGCAUUUAUUUAAAUUCAUAUAAAUUAUCAUAACCUUACCUGGGGAGAGUCGCCUUUGAUCAAACCAUUACGUGUUGGAAGCACCGUGCCCACGAGGACUCAGGAUACCAGAUAUCUGAGGGCUUACAAUGACUUCCAAGUCUCCCUUCAUGCCAACCUG